AUGGACCGCUUUGCGAUUGAUAAGAUCAAGAACGUCAUGGAUGACGCGAAGAGCAUAGUAAAAGCCAAGAUGGGUACAGACGUAGAACGCAAGAUAGAAGAGGCACUAUCGAACAAGAACUGGGGGGCAUCUAGUACACUGCUGAAUGAGAUAUCCCAGCUUACUUAUGACUUUGAGUCCUAUGGAGUGAUCAUGCGGAAGAUCUGGGAAGCCAUGGACGCUGAAGGACGACAAUGGCGUUCGGUAUACAAGGCACUGAGUCUAUUGGAACAUUUGAUCAAGAAUGGCACGGAACGGGUGAUCGAGAAUGCUCGUGAUCACAUGUUUAAACUGCGCCACCUCUCGAGUUUCUCAUAUCAUGAUGGAACGGUUGACAGGGGCAAUGGAGUUCGUGACAAAGCCAAACAGUUAGUGGAUAUGUUGAAUGACAAUGACAUGAUUCGCACUGAACGUGAAAAAGCAGGACGUUUGCGCAAUAAAUACGUUGGUAUUGGAAGCGGUGUUGGCGGUAUGAUGGGAGGAGGGAGUUUUAGCGGCAGUGGUGGCUACAGUGGAGGUGCUGGCUACAGCGGAGGUGCUGGUUACAGUGGUGCUGGUUACAGCGGUGGAGGCAGCACGAGUUACAGUGGUGGCGGUGGUGGUGGUAGUGAUCGUGGUAGUAGAAGCUAUGGAGACAAGGAGUCGAAGGAGAAGGAGAAAGGCUACUCUAGUCGCUAUGCUGAUGACGAAGAUGAUGGAAGCGAAGAAUCCGAAUCGGAAGAGGAAGUGCGAUCAAAGCGACGAACGGCGUCGUCAAAGCGAAAGAGUGCAGCAAAGAAAAAAGAGACUGAGAGCAAGUCCCCAGUAAAAGCACCCUCUGCAGAACCAUCCCUUCUUGACGGCGACUUCUUGAGCCCUGCUCCUGUGGCAGCGAACACAUUCGACCCUUUUGCACCAGAGCCAGCGUUUGCUGCACCUCAAACGGCGUCAUUUGCCGCUUUUGGCAAUGCUGCGGUCGCCGCACCACAACAAUCGUUCGACGCAUUUGGCACCACGCAGCCUCAACAGCCACCGCAAGCCUCGUUUGAUGCAUUUGGGAAUACUGCUGUCUCUGCACAAGGAAACGUCCAACAGUUUGCUGCAUUCCCUUCAGCCCCGCCUCAGCAGGGUUUUAAUGCAUUUGGUCAGCAAGGAAACCCUCCGGCUCCUCCUGUCUCUAUCUCUGCCUUCAACCAGCAACAGCAACAGCAACAGCAACAGCAACAGCAACAUCAAUUCGGUCAGUUUGGUCAGUUUGGUGGAAUGCAAGGCAGUGUACAGCAAUCAGCGCAGGGUGGCUUGAGAAUGCAAAAUGCAGCUCAGAGUCAGCCAAGAACGAACGUGGCCCCGAAUUCGGUGGAAAAGAAAACGAGCAAUGAUGCGUGGGGAGCUGGCUCGUCGCUCUUCGACCUGAACAAUCUGGGGAGCUCUACUGGCAAUCAUAGCAGCAAAGCAGGUCAUCCGGGUCAGCAUCCACAUCACCAGCAGCUACAGCAGCAGUAUUCCAAUGCUGGCCACAACAGCUUCAGUGGUCUGGACACACUUGCUGGAAUGCCCAGUAAGCCUGUGAUGGGAGGCGCUGGCGGUAUGAACCCCAGUGGUGCGGGUAUGGUUGGAAUGAACUACGGAGGUGGUACUAUGGGCCAAGGUGGUAUGCAGCAACACCACGCGUAUGGUCAAAUGGGCCAAGGCGGCAUGGCUAUGGGUGAUAUGCAGCCCCGACCUAUGAUGGGUAAUAUGAGCAUGCAACAACCAGGAAUGGGUAUGGGCAUGGGUAUGCAGCCUAGCUUCGGCAAUUUUAGUUGA